AUGUUCCACUCCAACCGUCCCCCGACCAAAUUACCGGCUCCUACUCACCCUCUCGAGAUCCGCACAGUAAGCGACUUCCUCACGCUAGUAACUCACCAUGAGAUCCCACGCGCACUCCAAUCCGAACACUUCGGUUAUCGCACCAGGGUCCUCGGUGCGGGUAGCCAAUUUACCGUCUACGACGGUAAGGGGAUCGAUUCUGACGAAGGCCUGCUCGCUGUGAAGAACAUAAAUCUCGGUGGCCUUGCGGAUCGGAGGAGAGCAAACGAACUCUACAAAGAGCUUAAAGCGCUCUGCGCUCUGCGGGACCAACCGCAUAUCAUUAACCUCAUUGCCUACGAUCUAAUAGAGGACCCUGGAUCCCCAUACCUUCACACCCCGGCAAUAGUCGUACGGCAUGCAGAGCGCACACUCUCCAGCCUCCUCGGUCCAUCUUGUCCAGAAGCCCAUCUUGACGGCGAAGAGAAGUACUCAAUCAUACUGGACGUGACCCGCGGACUCGUGGCAAUGCAUGAUAUGGGGAUUAUCCACGGGGAUGUUAAGGUGGAUAACAUUCUGCUCGUACGAGGCGAAAAGGUUUUGGAUAUCGCUCAACCGUAUAUGGCGAAACUUUCCGACUUCGGCUCGUGUAUAUUCCUGGACUCGUUGCCGACUGAUAGGCAGACGAGGUAUUAUGGCACGGAUAUAACCAAUGCUCCCGAGACGCAGGAUCAAUCGAGACACCCGAUACAUCCUGAGAUGCUGGGUAGAUGUGAUGCGUACUCACUAGGUCUAUUGUUGCUGCAUAUUUUUGCCGAGGAACUGAGGGAGUGCUGGAGUGCGAAGGAUGAGAGUGUUCUGCAGAGCGGGGUUGAUUUCAUCCAGAAGGAUGAGAAUGUACCAGAGGAGUUCAAAGCCGUCCUCGAGCUGGCAUGUAGACAGCUGUUGGCAUAUAACCCGGAGGAGCGGUGCUCAGAACUUUCCAUGGUCGAAACCAUCCUCGAAGUGGACUCCGAAAUGAGCCCACCGCCCCCUCCGAGAGUCGGCCGCACACGAAAAGAAAUAGACCACAGCCUCCAGACAUAUCUCAGCGACGCACACUACGUAACCUUCGGCUGGCAAGACGAGGAUGAGAUCCCGCUGGACGUACAACAACAGAUAAUAACGGACCUGACGCAAUCCACCCGCGGCCCUACCCGUGGCCGCACAUACUUCCAGCUGGCUCUAGCACGGUCUCUCGGCUUGGGAGGCCCCACGGAUAUCGAUGGGAUGUUAUCUGCCGCCGUGCAGUCCGCAAAAGCGGAUUAUCUCCCCGCGCAAGCGGUAGUUCAUGCAUGGCAUGUGGCUCAUAACCGUCCACUCGACAUCGAUGAAGAUUUGCAACUCGAUUGGCUGUAUGAAGCUGUUGCGUGGGGCUCCUGGACGGCGGAAAAGACCCUGCGGACCAUCGAUGCGGAUUUAUAUAUCCAGGCGAGACAGGACUUUCAUUCGAGGGGUGGGUUUAACCAGUAUUUCUAUCCGAAUCAACCUCCAGCGUGCAUCGGUUCCGGAAAGCCCAUUGAGGGUAGAGAUGAUGUUGACGACCUCCUAUUGAACGCGGCGAUAUAUGGAGACAAGGAGCUUGCAGAAGCCUGCAUACAAGCCGGUGGGGAUCCAAACGCUUGCAACGAGUUUGGGGAGAGUCUGCUGACUCUCAUCGCAUCCGGCGCCUCAGCGCAAACACUGGACAUCGACGGCGUAAAAAUCCGCGACUCCGCCAUCCACUGGAUCAUAUCCUUUGACACGGCAGACAUCCCUCGUACCACCAACCUCUUAUUCCUUGCCGGCGCUCGACUCGACGACGACAUGGGCUGGGACCACCCGUGCAUUGAAAUCCACGGAAGAUUCCCCCUCGGAGGGCCGCUAACGUUUGCAUUUCGGGCUUACAACCUUGCGGCGGUGAAGAAUCUCCUUCAGCAUGCGGAUGUAAUGGAAGAUUUGUGCUCGUUCGAGGGAUCGGCGGAUUCGUUGCCCAUUGAAUAUGCGAUUGCCCAGCAAUCAUCCGAGAUUCUGCAGGAGUUGGAAAAGCUUGGUGCUUUCGAAUGUUUGGACUGGCUAGGCGCUGCAGUGUGGUGGCUGGCGAUGUUGCCGCAGUACCACAUAGACACUAUCGAUGGCUUCCUUGGGGUACGAGCUGGUCAAUCCACAGUAGCAACCAUCGAUUUCGUUGCAGAGAGGGCGCCGGAAUUGCUUGAAGGUGACUCAGAGCGCGAUUACAUACCAAUUGUAGCAGCUGCAGGAAACCAUAACGAGACUGUUGUCAGAGCCCUCCUCGGGCACGGGUGUAGUGGAAACUCGACAUGCGCAGGAGAUGGCAAGACGCCGCUGGGUCAGUGGGCACGAAGCACGCUCUUCUGCAGCAACACAAUAGCAGUUGACCUCGUCGCCGCGGGUGCGGAUGUGAAUCAACGAAGUGCAGACAGGAGGACUCCGCUACAUUUCGCGAUACAAAGUUACAACACUCGUGCCACAGCGAAACUCCUGGAGCUCGGUGCAGACAUCGAAGCCCAGGAUAUGAGCACAUUCACACCAUUACACACAGCGGCAGCAUAUGGCUCCCUCGAACCAGGUCGAUUGCUGCUCGCCCAGGGCGCGAACUUCCACGCCACCUGCGACUGGUGGAAUCUGGCUGGAGACACAUUCUGGGACGAGUUGACCCCCGCAGCUUGGGCCGCAGUCGGUCACCACGAAGCAUUCCUUCACCUCCUCUUGGAAUACGACGAACAUCUGAUCGCGCGCCCGGUUUCUGGUGACACACUCCUUCACUUCGCAGUUUCGGAGCCGGAAACGAAGCUCUUGGAGUUUCUCCUGGAGUUUGUACCACGGACAGGACGGAAGCUCAGCGAGGGAUUGUACCUGGAUGUAGUGAACGGAGACGGCUGGACGGCACUGCAACUUGCAGCUGUGUUGGAUGUGGUCAGGCAGACGAUGGAACGGGUGAAAGAUGGCACGGCGUCAGAGCCGCCGAGUAUCAAGGGAAGAGAUAUUCCCAUCCCCGACGAGUAUAGAGGACCGAGCAAGGCUACGGAUGAGCGGCGGGAGCCUACGACUAAGGGUCGCCAUAUUAAAUAUGAUGAUCGACAAGAGCAGCUCGAGAAAUUCGGCUGGUUGAUUCAGCUCAUUGAGAGGAGUAACAGCGGGGGAGCAGCGCGAGACGAUAUCGUGGAUGAGGAGGAGUUUAGUUUGUGGCGAAGGAGGGAGCUGGGGCCUGAGGAUCCGCUGACGGCGAUAUUGCGUGAGAUUGGCAUGAAUGCCAACAGUGAUAGGGAGCUGGGACCUGAGGAUUCGCAGACGGCGAUGUUGCGUGAGAUUGGCAUGAAUGCCAACAGUGAUAGGGAGCUGGGACCUGAGGAUUCGCAGACGGCGAUGUUGCGUGAGAUUGGCAUGAUUGCCAACAUUGAUAGUUAG